GGCAUUUCCCUGUCUUGUGUUUUUCUCAUUCUUUACACAAUGGCAAAAGUAUUCGAUGCGGCCGAAGUCGCAAAGCAUAAUACUCGGGAGAGCUGCUGGGUAGUGCUAUACGGAAAGGUGUAUGAUGUGACUGAUUUCCUAUCAAGUCACCCCGGUGGAGCCAAGAUCAUUUUAAAGCUGGCAGGCAAGGAUGCCACUGAGGAAUAUGAUCCCAUUCACCCCCCGGGCAUUCUAGAGGAAGAACUCAAGCCAGAGCAGUGCAUUGGAAGUGUGGAUGUAGGCACAUUACCCAAAGAAGAGGCCCCAGUCGAGGCGCAGGAGCCCGCGCAAGGACCACCACCCAUGGAAAACUUGCUCAAUCUGGAUGAAAUCGAAGAGGUUGCCACCAAGCAGGUCACUAAGAAGGCAUGGGCAUACUACUGGUCAGCCUCCGACGACAAAUUCUCCAAGAAAUUCAACAAUGAAGCCUAUCGAUCCAUUCUCCUCCGACCAAGAGUGUUUAGGGACUGUGAGCGCUGUGACUUCUCGAGCACCGUGCUGGGUCAUAAGUUGGGAAUGCCAAUAUAUGUUUCUCCUGCUGCUAUGGCCCGUCUCGGUCACCCUGCCGGCGAGGCAGGAAUUGCAGAGGCAUGUCGUAGCUUUGGUGCGAUGCAAAUAAUUUCAAACAAUGCAUCGAUGACCCCGGAACAGAUCGUGAAAGAUGCGGCGCCUGACCAAGUAUUUGGAUGGCAGCUGUAUGUUCAGAUUGAGCGCAAGAAGAGCGCAGCCAUGUUGGCGCGAAUCAACAAGCUCAAGGCAAUCAAGUUCAUUGUCCUGACUUUGGAUGCUCCGGUCCCUGGAAAACGUGAAGACGACGAGCGAGCUGGCAUGGCUGGAGCACCGGCACCAGGUGCUGUGAAGGAGGCUGACAGGUCGAAAGGUACUCCUGAUGUUUCGGAAGCAUCAGGGGGCGUGGGUAAAACCCUAUUUGCCGGCACGGACCCGACCUUGACCUGGCGUGAGACUUUGCCUUGGUUGGCUAAACACACUGACCUACCGGUUGUCCUCAAGGGCCUGCAGACACACGAAGAUGCCUAUCUCGCAUCACUGCACGCCCCGCAAGUCAAAGGAAUUAUUCUCUCCAACCAUGGUGGACGUGCAUUGGACACAGCACCACCAGCAGUACACACUCUGCUAGAGAUUCGUAAAUACUGCCCUGAGGUCUUCGACAAAGUCGAGGUCUAUGUCGACGGCGGUAUUCGUCGCGGUACUGAUAUAGUCAAGGCACUUUGCCUGGGUGCCAAAGCGGUAGGCAUUGGACGUGCUGCUCUUUGGGGAUUGGGAGCCGGUGGUGUGGACGGUGUCCGUCGGGUAUUGCAGAUUCUGUCAGAUGAGAGUCAGGCAUGCAUGCGCCUGCUUGGAGUGGAAACAGUGGACGCACUUGGACCUCAAUACAUCAACACUCGCAUGACUGAACAACAGAUUUUCGAUGGGCCUUCAGGCCUUGAAUCUUUACGGCGUGAUUUCCGAGCGAGACUUUAGAGGCAAGAGACAUUUGAAACGCG